UCUCUUGCCCCUUUCCCUAUAUAUUAUGCCACUCCUCCUCCCUCCCUUCUUCGCUCUCUGUUUUUCUAUUGCUCCUUUUAAGUUCCUCUGUUUCCCUCUGUUUUCCUCUGUUUCUCUCUGUUUUCACCCAUGGCUUCUUCUUUCGACUGCCUCAUUUUUGACUUAGAUGACACUCUGUACCCAUUCAACACUGGAAUUGCUGCUGCUUGCAAGAAAAACAUCGAAGAUUUUCUCAUCGAGAAAUGUGGAUUCCCAAAAACCCAAGCUCCCAUUCUUCGAACAGAGCUUUUCAAAACAUACGGCAGCACCCUGGCUGGUUUACGAGCAUUGGGCUAUGACAUCCAAGCCGAUGAUUACCAUGGUUUCGUGCACGGGAAGUUGCCGUACGACCGGAUCAAACAAGACAUUCAGCUCCGGCGUCUCUUACUUGCCAUUCCUCACAGAAAAAUCAUAUUCACAAAUUCCGAUAUGAAUCAUGCAACUGAAGUGCUCAGUCGACUCGGUUUAGAGGAUUGUUUCGAGAAGAUCAUAUGUUUCGAGACAAUGAACCCAAAUCUUCCAAAGGCGACUCGGCCAAAUGAGUUUCCAAUCCUUUUGAAGCCGUCGAUGGAUGCCAUGAGAAUCGUGCUUGACGUCGUCGAUGUUGACCCUCGUCGUACGUUGUUUCUUGACGACAACGUCCGCAACAUCGCCGCCGGAAAAGCCCUCGGCCUCCGUACCGUUUUGGUUGGGAAGACUGUGAAAAGUAAGGAGGCAGAUUAUGUGGUGGAGACCGUGCAUAAUCUAGUACAAGAAGUUUCAGAGAUAUGGAUGAGCAUAGAAUUAGAUAGUGAUGAUGAAAUGACCAAUCGGAGCUGCAAUGAUGUUGAUUCUAUUCUCAUGGCGACACCUGUUGGUGCUUAAAUUAUUAUAAUGAAAUCUGAUUUUUGUACAUAAGUGAUCGGUUUGAUCAAAUGUAUAAACCCUUAAUAGGGUGUUAAAGAAUGUAGAAAAUCCUUUACCCCAUGCAAUGAUAACAUAUAUAAAUAGUAAGUAUAAGAAAAUAUAUUUUCAAUAAAUUUUAAUCAAUUUCUUGUCU